AUAUCUGUUUAGACUUUCGCUUUUGAGACACCUCACCUGUUUACAGGUAACAAACUGAAACGUCUGGACGAAACAUUACAAGUAAUUUCUCUGGAACGAUUAUCUUUCUUAAAAGAAGUGUUUCGUAGCUAAAAACAACCAUGCGACCUGUAUUGGUCCUGCUUCUCGGAUUUCAUUUAGCCUAUGCUGGAAAACAUUCUCUGAGAUAUUUCUACACUGGUGUGUCUGGAGACAUUGACUUCCCAGAGUUCACUGUGGUCGGUCUGGUUGAUGAAGGGCAGUUUUAUUACUUUGACAGUAAUAUAAAGAAAGCUGUGCCAAAGACAGAGUGGAUCAGACAGAAUGUGGGACCAGAGUACUGGGACGGAGGGACUCAGAAUGAUAUUGGCGAGCAUCAGAACUUCAAAAACAACAUCCAGGUCCUAAAGGAACGCUUCAACCAGUCAACAGGUGUUCACACAUGGCAGCUGAUGUACGGCUGUGAGCUGGACACUGAUGGCACCAAACAAGGAUACUUCCAGAUUGGUUAUGAUGGAGAGGACUUCCUCAGUCUGGAUAAGAGCUCCCUCACCUGGACUGCUGCUAAAGAUCAAGCUGUGGCUACCAAGGUUAAAUGGGAUUCCAUUGGAGCAGACGCAAAAUUUCAAACUAAUUACCUGGAGAAUACAUGCAUUGAGUGGCUGCAGAAGUAUGUGGGUUAUGGCAAGGACACUCUGGAGAGAAAAGUCUCUCCUCAGGUGUCUCUGCUGCAGAAGUCUCCCUCGUCUUCAGUCUCGUGUCAUGCUACAGGUUUUUACCCCAGUGGAGUAACUAUCUCCUGGCACAGGGAAGGGCAAGAACAUGAUGAGGAUGUGGAUCUGGGUGAACUUAUUAUCAAUGAGGAUGGGACCUUUCAGAGAGCGAGUACCCUCAAUGUUAAACCUGAAGAGUGGAAGAAGAAUGAGUACAAAUGUGUGGUGGAGCAUCAGGGCAAAACCAUUAGAGAGAUACUGACAGAGGACAAGAUCAAAACUAACUACGCUUCUGUCCCCAUCGGGAUCAUUGUUGGUGUUGUUGCUGUUGUCCUCCUGCUGGUGAUCAUUGCUGUUGCUGGGUUUAUGGUGUAUCAGAAAAAGAAAGGCUUCAAACCUGUUGCGUCUGAUGAUGGCUCUAACAGCUCAACUCAUUCUAAUCAAAAACCAUAAAGAUGAGACCAGAUGAGUGCGAGACAUGAAGUUAAAAAAGAUGCUUAUCCUGCUGUCCAUCUUGCUUAUAACACACACACACACACACACAGGAUCAUAUAUUUCAGUGAUGGGAUUGAUCUAUAUUAUGGUUCUACAUUAAUUACAUCUGUACAGUAAAGUUUUUGUUUCAUCACACUUUAUGUUCAUCCUUGGUUUUCAUUAAUAGUAGGAACUUGUUCAUUUUAAGAUGGCAUGUUUUAAUGGUAAAAUGUAUACUGUGUAUUUUUCUUUGGUGAAAAAAGAAACCAAGAAUACAAAUAAUUGAUUUGCAAGUUGGAUUAAUUUGUAGGAUUUGUGAUAUCAUUACUGAUUGUGAAAAAAGAGAAACUUGUGAAAAUAAACACUAGAAAGUGUUUAUAGUCAGUUUAAGCUCCUGAGUAAGACCAGUCUAUAUCUCAGUCUAAGAAAAUCAAUCAAUCAAGUGUGUGAUGUUUGUAGAGAGACUAUAUUUCUGUGGGAGAUAGAAUAUGAAAUAAAUCAGGGGAAUGCUAACAAGUCAUGGAAAACUAACAAAUUCUUUAUCUACUGCAAAACUUAAAAUAACUUUCAUUUUGGAUGAAUUGUGGAAUUGGGUUAUUCCAUCAAUAAAAUUAAACAAUAUGUAGGCUUCAUAUUUUAUUUCUUGUAUGGGAUUAUUGGGCUUUUUCUGUUAUUCUUCCUGUUUUUUUGUUUUACAUAAUUUAGAUAAGUUGUAAUGCAGAAUAAUAUUGAUUCUUGUAAUGCUUAAGAUAUUGUACUGUUAAACCUUUACGUGAACAUCUGUACAGUAAACUAUAAGUGUUUUCCUUUA